GGUCCAGAUUCAAAGUUGUUGGCACGCUGCACCAAAAUAUCUACCUUUUUAAAAUCGAAACUCAGAGUCCGGAGUAUUCGGUUCGGUUGAUCGUCAAGGGCUGUAACAAGAUGGGUGCUAAACUCAAAUCCAUUGUGGCCACCUUCUUCCUUUGCUUCCUCUUGUUUCCCCUGGUCUUUACUGCUUCCAAUGGUGGGCUAUUCAGAAUUGGAUUAAAAAAGAGGAAGUUUGAUCGAAAUGACCGUGUUGCUACUCAGCUAGAGUUAAAGGAAGGGAAGUCUGCUGCUUCUAUUAGGAAAUAUCGUCUUCAUGGGAACUUAGGAGAUCCAGAGGACACAGAUAUUGUAGCUCUAAAGAAUUACAUGGAUGCCCAAUAUUUCGGAGAGAUUGGUAUUGGUACUCCUCCUCAGAAUUUCACUGUAAUAUUUGAUACCGGUAGUUCUAAUUUGUGGGUGCCAUCUUCCAAGUGUUACUUCUCGGUUGCAUGCUACUUCCAUUCCAAGUACAAGUCAAGCAGCUCAAGCACCUACAAGAAGAAUGGUAAACCAGCUGCUAUCCAUUAUGGAACCGGAGCUAUUUCUGGGUACUUUAGCCAAGAUUAUGUGAAAGUUGGUGAUCUUGUGGUCAAGGCUCAGGAAUUUAUUGAGGCAACUAGGGAACCCGGCAUCACAUUCUUGGUGGCCAAGUUUGAUGGAAUUCUUGGCCUUGGAUUUCAAGAGAUUUCAGUUGGAAAUGCUGUGCCUCUCUGGUACAACAUGGUCGACCAAGGUCUUGUUAAAGAACCAGUCUUCUCUUUUUGGUUUAACCGGAAUGCCGAUGAAGAAGAAGGGGGUGAGAUCGUUUUUGGUGGGGUGGAUCCUAACCAUUACGAAGGUGAACACACAUAUGUUCCUGUGACACAGAAAGGCUAUUGGCAGUUUGACAUGGGUGAUGUCAUGAUUGAUGGUGAAACAACUGGAUUUUGUGCUGGUGGAUGUUCAGCAAUUGCUGAUUCGGGAACAUCUUUGUUGGUUGGCCCAACGUCUAUUAUCACUGAAGUCAAUCAUGCAAUUGGAGCCACUGGGGUUGUAAGUCAAGAAUGCAAGGCUGUGGUUGCAGAAUAUGGAGAAACCAUAAUCAAGAUGCUAUUAGAAAAGGACCAACCAAAGAAAAUCUGCUCACAGAUUGGUUUGUGCACUUUUGAUGGGACUCGAGGUGUAAGUAUGGGCAUCGAGAGUAUCGUUGAUGAUAACACUCAAAAAGCAUCUGGUGGUUUGCGUGAUGGAAUGUGCUCUACAUGUGAGAUGACCGUCGUUUGGAUGCAGAACCAACUUAAGCAGAAUCAAACACAGGACCGUAUACUUAACUAUGUCAACGAGCUCUGUGACCGGCUGCCUAGUCCAAUGGGAGAAUCAGCAGUUGAUUGUACCAGUUUGUCUUCAAUGCCUAAUGUUUCCUUUACAAUUGGUGGAAGGGUUUUCGACCUCAGCCCUGAAGAGUAUGUCCUUAAAGUUGGUGAGGGAGAUGUCGCUCAAUGCAUUAGUGGAUUUACAGCUCUGGAUGUGCCGCCUCCUCGUGGACCUCUCUGGAUCUUGGGGGAUGUUUUCAUGGGUCGCUACCAUACAGUAUUUGACUAUGGGAAUCAGAGAAUCGGAUUUGCAGAAGCUUCCUAAAUGAGUAUAUUUACCGUUUGGUUUGUCCUAGUGUAUCCAUCUCUUCGUCUGAACACCUUCUAUCCUGAAAUACUAGUGUUGGCCCACGUGUUGAAAGUAAGCUUCAAACGAUAAUUACAUGUAAAUAUGUUUGGGCUUAGUGUGGCUUUCAUGAAGCUUGUCAUGUGAAUGUGUUAAACUUGUUUUAAUCAAGAAAUGGAUCAUUGGCUACAGUAUUUUAUA